AUGGUGAGAGCAAUGCUAGACCGGCUGAGGGAGCGGGCGAGGGCAGGCCUGGCCGGGCGGGGAAGGCGGCACCGCCUCGAGCCGCGUCCCGUGUCCCCCAAGAGGCGGUGUCGCUCCGUCGGCUGGCUCGGACAGGCCCUGCCCAGCCGGCGCCCGCUCCCAGCCGCGGGCGCUGCGGGUGGCCCGUGCCCUCCCGCCCGGCGACAGGAGAGCCCGCCUCCGAGACAAAACCGCCUCUCCCAGAGCCGCGGGAGGGCGUACGCCGCGGGCGUCUGCGUCUUGCGCGGGGCGCCGGCGUUCGAGGACUUCCGGCAGGGCCUGCGGAGGGCGGAGGGCGCCGCCGAGCGGCGGGCGUGUGCAAGGACGCCUUCCCCGCGGCCCUGGCCCAGCCCGACCGAGCCGUCGACGGUCCUAGGCGUUGUGCUGUGCGGCGUCGCUGCGGUGACUGCGGCCCGCGGAGGGGGCAGCGCCCGGCGCCUGCGCGGUCGCCUCUCUAGGAGCUGGAUGGCUGUGGGCAGCGCGAGCCCUGGGUAACAGAGCCAGUCCCCACCUGCUGGCGUCCCCAGGGUGAGGCUGGAGCAGCAUUCAGGGGAUGGCAUCGUUGGCUUCUGCCGGUCCACGAGUCCAGGUCCUCUGGAAGGAGCCCGGCAUUCGAGUGAGUGCUGCGUGCGGAGCCCUGGGCUGCUUGGUGGAGGAAAACGGGGUGAGCCAUGGUCCUGACCUCUGGGAUGCUAGCGUGCUGCGGGAGAGACAGCAGAUAACACUGACAACAGUGGUGACAAACAGCAGCAGCUGACAUCGAGCCUUCCCACAGCCAGGCCGGGUUCCAGACUUGGCAGCCUCCGGCCUCCUUCCUCCCACGGUUGGGUCAGUGCUGCCUGGGGGUGGGCUCAGCGGCUGCUCGUCCCUGUCCCCAAGGCACUGGUGUGCAGGGAUGGGCGGGGACAGUCUGGCCUGUUGGUGACACUGGGCACCUGGCCUGUGGUUGGAGAGGAGGGCUGGACCAGGCUCCAGCCACAUCAGAGAGCUCGGCCUGAGCCCAGGGGAGCAGGCCGGAUUUGCCGGCAGUGGGGGCGGCCAGGGCUGGGGCUGCCAUGACAAAGUGCCACAGACUGGGCGGCUGGAGCCACAGAGUCCGUGGGCUCACAGCUCUGGGGCCCGAAGUCCCAGAUCAGGCCUGAGCAGGCCCGACUCCCGAGGCCUCCCUCCUGGGCUCGCCCACGGCCCUCUCCUCCCCGAGUCCUCACUGCCUGUCUGCGUCCUCAUCGCCUCUUACAAGGACACCAGUCCUUGUGGAUCACGGCCCACCGCAUGGCCUCAUUUUACCUUAUCCGCCUUUAAAGACCCUACAUUCAAACACGGUCACACUGUGAGGUGCCGGGGUCAGGGCUUCCACAUGGGCAUUUGGGGGACACAGCCGGAAGGGGUGCACAGAGCAGCGUGCCACGUGCAGCCGCCGGUGCCUGCAGGGGUCCCGGCAGCCCUGUCCCGGGUCUGAUGACUCGCCUGCAGCUGGCCUCGGCGGCACCCUCGUCCUGCCGUCCUUUAGCGCAGGCCGCGCUGUCCGCAGGUGCCGCCGGCAGAUGCUGCCACGACAGCUUCCCCUCUCGUGCCACAGGCCACGGCAAAGGCACGUGGGGGCGCGUCACGCGUGGCUACCAGGAGCCUGCGGUGGCUGCUUCCAUCCCAGGCGGCUGGAGACCCCAGGAGCCAGUGGGGGCCGGUCCCCAGAAGCACCACGUUGGGAUGCCAGCAGCAGCGUGCUCAGCCUGGCGCGUGGCCUCUGGGAAGCCCGCCAGCGAGCCUCGACCGCCGCCCGUCCUGGCUCAUGCCAGUGGACUGUCUGCUAAGCCCCCGUGACCUCACUUCCACGUGUCCCCACGGCCGUGGCUGCGGUGGGGCUUGCAGGGCCCAGCACCACAGAGCAUCGAGGGAGGUGGCCCCGCCCCUCCUGUCCCCUGGGCAGGUGGAGGGAGGGGCCGCCCGGCCUGAGGAGCAGCCCAUCCCAGGGGGAAGGCCAUGGCCUUCACGCAUGUCGGGCACAGGGGUCCAAGUGUGUCCCUGCCGGGCUGGGGCGGCCAGGGGCUGGGCUGGGGUGUGUGCUGAGAGGCUGAGGGCUGCCUGUGCGUGGGGCCCCGGUCCUGCUGGCAGUGGCCCGUGCCCUUGGCCGAGACGCCACGUCUCUGCAGCGGAGACAGGCUGUCCCUCCGUUAGCCCCACGCCCCACUGUGUGCCAGGUGCCAUGCUGUGAGCUCUGUCCCAGCAGGGCAGGCAGGAAAGAAAGGCAGCAGGAAAACGCAUGGCAGGGGGUGCCCAGCGAGUGGGUGCAGGGAGACAGCGCCAGGGGGACCAAGUUGCUGUUGGGAAUCAGGGACCAGGUGACCAGAGAAGGCUUCCCCCAGAAGCUGGUCUUAGGGUGAGGAAGUGAAGGAGGGGACAGGUGGUGGGAGGAGCUGGUGCAAAGGCCCUGUGGCAGCAGGUGGGUCUGUCCAGGCUGCUGUGGGGAGAAUGGUCAGCAGGCAGCUACCGCAUAGGUUCUGGAACAAUCCAGCCCAGAGGCAUGCGCUGCAGGUGCUAAGAAGAGGUCAGAACAGGCCGGGUGCAGUGGUUCACGCCUGUCAUCCUAGCACUCUGGGAGGCCGAGGUGGGUGGA